CCCGCCCGUGGCCGCCGCCCGGCGGGGGCAGCAGCGGGCUCCGCGCCGUCCUGCGUGCUCCUGGGCCAGAUCUGGCGUGAGCGGGCUUGGACGUACCGGGAGAGGAGGGAGGGAGGGGACAGGGAGGGCUCCCUGCUCUGUCACAGCGCCCGCGGCUUGCGGCAGCACCGGAGCUCUGACGGGCGGCUCGCAGGGACGCGGCGCCGAGGAAGGAAUACACCCGUAAGUAACUGAAGGGGACAUGAAGAAUUGACAUUUAAAUGGCCAGCAUGUUGCAAAAGUCUGACAGCAAUGCAAGCUUUCUCCGAGCUGCCAGAGCUGGCAAUUUGGACAAGGUAGUGGAAUACCUGAAAAGCGGAAUAGACAUUAACACCUGUAAUCAGAAUGGGCUCAAUGCUCUGCACCUGGCAGCCAAGGAGGGCCACGUGGGACUGGUACAGGAAUUGCUGGAAAGAGGCUCGGCUGUGGAUUCUGCCACUAAGAAAGGGAAUACAGCCCUGCACAUUGCCUCCUUAGCAGGACAAGCUGAAGUUGUCAAAGUUCUGGUGAAGGAGGGAGCCAAUAUCAAUGCACAAUCCCAGAAUGGCUUUACUCCUUUGUACAUGGCAGCUCAAGAGAACCACAUUGAGGUGGUGAAAUAUCUCCUGGAGAAUGGAGCCAACCAAAGCACAGCUACCGAGGACGGUUUCACCCCUCUGGCUGUGGCACUGCAGCAGGGACACAACCAGGCGGUGGCCAUCCUGCUGGAGAACGACACCAAGGGCAAGGUGCGGCUGCCCGCGCUGCACAUCGCCGCCAGGAAGGACGACACCAAGUCGGCGGCGCUGCUGCUGCAGAACGACCACAACGCCGACGUGCAGUCCAAGAUGAUGGUGAAUAGGACGACUGAGAGCGGCUUUACCCCUCUGCACAUCGCCGCGCACUACGGCAACGUCAACGUGGCCACGCUGCUGCUCAACCGCGGAGCUGCCGUCGACUUCACCGCCAGGAAUGGAAUCACCCCACUGCAUGUGGCUUCCAAAAGGGGAAACACAAACAUGGUGAAGCUCUUGUUGGAUCGCGGAGGGCAGAUCGAUGCCAAAACCAGGGAUGGACUCACCCCACUGCACUGUGCAGCACGAAGUGGCCACGACCCGGUUGUGGAGCUGCUCCUGGAGCGAGGUGCCCCGCUGCUCGCACGGACCAAGAAUGGACUCUCCCCACUGCACAUGGCAGCCCAGGGGGACCACGUGGAAUGUGUCAAGCACCUGCUGCAGCAUAAGGCUCCCGUGGACGACGUGACGCUGGACUACCUGACUGCCCUGCACGUGGCUGCUCACUGCGGCCACUACCGUGUCACCAAGCUCCUGCUGGACAAGAGAGCCAACCCCAACGCCCGUGCCCUGAACGGUUUUACUCCACUGCACAUUGCCUGCAAGAAAAAUCGCAUCAAAGUCAUGGAACUCCUGGUGAAAUAUGGGGCUUCAAUCCAGGCUAUAACAGAGUCGGGCCUCACUCCAAUACACGUGGCUGCAUUUAUGGGCCACUUGAACAUAGUCCUCCUCCUGCUGCAGAACGGAGCCUCUCCCGAUGUCACUAACAUUCGUGGAGAAACUGCAUUGCACAUGGCAGCACGUGCCGGGCAGGUGGAAGUGGUUCGCUGCCUCCUGAGGAACGGGGCCCUGGUGGAUGCCCGAGCCAGGGAAGAACAGACCCCGCUGCACAUCGCCUCCCGCCUGGGCAAGACGGAGAUCGUGCAGCUGCUGCUGCAGCACAUGGCGCACCCCGACGCCGCCACCACCAACGGCUACACCCCGCUGCACAUCUCCGCCCGCGAGGGGCAGCUCGACGUCGCCUCCGUGCUCCUCGAGGCGGGCGCCUCGCACUCCAUGUCCACCAAGAAGGGAUUCACACCGCUGCAUGUGGCAGCCAAAUAUGGGAGCCUGGAAGUGGCAAAGCUCCUGCUGCAGCGCCGUGCCUGUCCUGAUUCUGCUGGCAAGAACGGCCUCACCCCGCUGCACGUGGCGGCGCACUACGACAACCAGAAGGUGGCGCUGCUGCUGCUGGAGAAGGGCGCCUCGCCUCACGCCACCGCCAAGAAUGGAUACACCCCUCUGCAUAUCGCUGCCAAGAAAAACCAGAUGCAGAUAGCUACCACUCUGUUGAACUAUGGGGCUGAGACCAACAUUUUGACCAAGCAGGGAGUCACCCCACUUCAUUUGGCCUCCCAGGAAGGUCACACGGACAUGGUGACUUUACUUUUGGAGAAGGGAUCCAACAUCCAUGUGGCAACAAAGGCUGGACUGACGUCCUUACACCUUGCAGCUCAAGAGGAUAAAGUGAACGUAGCCGAGAUACUCACCAAACACGGUGCGAACCAGGAUGCUCAGACAAAGCUUGGUUAUACACCUUUAAUUGUGGCCUGUCACUAUGGAAACAUCAAAAUGGUGAAUUUUCUCCUCAAGCACGGAGCAAAUGUCAAUGCUAAAACAAAGAAUGGGUACACCCCUCUGCACCAGGCUGCUCAGCAAGGCCACACUCACAUCAUCAACGUUCUGCUGCAGCACGGGGCCAAGCCCAACGCCAUCACCACGAAUGGUAACACAGCCUUAGCCAUCGCCAGGCGCCUGGGAUACAUCUCUGUGGUCGAUACGCUGAAGGUUGUCACAGAGGAGAUCACCACCACCACAACUACUGUAACAGAGAAGCACAAGCUAAAUGUACCCGAGACAAUGACUGAGGUCCUGGAUGUGUCAGAUGAAGAAGCCUUUAAACACUCUGAUGAGGAGCCCUUCAGUGAUGGGGAAGCAUAUAGUGGCACAGGUGCUGUUAGCAGGAGUUCAUGGAGCGAUGACACAAUGACAGGAGAUGGAGGGGAGUACCUUAGGCCAGAAGAUCUCCGGGAGCUGGGAGAUGACUCUUUGCCAAGCAGCCAGUUCUUAGAUGGAAUGAACUACCUGAGGUACAGCUUGGAAGGAGGACGCUCAGACAGCCUGCGGUCCUUCAGUUCCGACAGGUCCCACACGCUGAGCCACGCCUCCUACCUGCGCGACAGCGCCAUGAUCGACGACACCGUGCUCAUCCCCAGCCAGCAGGUAACAACUCUGGCCAAAGAAGCUGAAAAGAAUUCAUAUCGCUUAAGCUUGGGCCCUGAAAUCUUGGACAAUGUAGCUCUUUCUUCCAGCCCUAUUCAUUCAGGCUGCAUGUCUGCAAAAAAGGAGGCUGGAUCCUUGCUAACAAGCUUCCUGGUGAGUUUCAUGGUGGACGCUCGCGGCGGCGCCAUGCGGGGCUGCCGGCACAACGGGCUGCGCAUCAUCAUCCCCCCGCGCAAGUGCACGGCGCCGACACGCGUGACGUGCCGCCUGGUGAAGCGCCACCGGCUGGCCACCAUGCCGCCCAUGGUGGAGGGAGAAGGGCUGGCCAGCCGCCUCAUCGAAGUGGGACCCUCUGGGGCUCAGUUCCUUGGGCCCGUGAUUGUGGAGAUUCCCCAUUUUGCUGCCCUGCGUGGCAAGGAGAGAGAGCUGGUGAUCCUGCGCAGCGAGAACGGGGACAGCUGGAAGGAGCAUUUCUGUGAAUACACCGAGGAUGAACUGAACGAGAUCCUGAAUGGGAUGGAUGAAGUGCUUGACACUCCCGAGGAGCUUGAGAAGAAGCGGAUCUGCCGCAUCAUCACCCGGGAUUUCCCUCAGUACUUCGCGGUGGUGUCCCGGAUCAAGCAGGACAGCAACCUCAUCGGGCCUGAGGGGGGCGUGCUGAGCAGCACCGUGGUCCCUCAGGUGCAGGCUGUCUUCCCAGAAGGGGCACUCACCAAGAGAAUUCGCGUUGGCCUCCAGGCUCAACCUAUGCACACUGAACUUACAAAGAAGAUUUUGGGCAACAAGGCUACCUUCAGUCCCAUAGUCACGCUGGAGCCCAGGAGAAGGAAGUUUCACAAGCCCAUCACGAUGACCAUUCCCGUGCCCAAGGCCUCCAGCGACGGGCUCAUGAAUGGCUACGGAGGCGACACGCCCACGCUGAGGUUACUGUGCAGCAUAACAGGAGGAACCACCCCUGCCCAAUGGGAAGACAUCACUGGGACAACACCACUGACCUUUGUUAAUGAAUGUGUUUCCUUCACAACAAAUGUGUCUGCCAGAUUUUGGUUGAUAGACUGUCGUCAGACACAAGAAUCUGUUACUUUUGCUUCCCAAGUAUACAGAGAAAUUAUCUGUGUCCCAUACAUGGCCAAGUUUGUGGUGUUUGCCAAAUCUCAUGAUCCCAUUGAAGCACGGUUAAGAUGUUUCUGUAUGACGGAUGACAAGGUGGAUAAAACUCUAGAGCAACAAGAAAACUUUGCUGAAGUUGCCAGAAGCAGGGAUGUAGAGGUGUUAGAAGGAAAACCCAUCUACGUUGACUGCUUUGGCAAUCUGGUGCCACUCACAAAGAGUGGGCAGCACCAUAUAUUCAGUUUCUUUGCUUUCAAAGAAAACAGACUUCCUCUGUUUGUUAAGGUCCGAGACAGCACCCAAGAGCCCUGCGGACGAUUAUCAUUCAUGAAGGAGCCAAAAUCUACCAGAGGCCUGGUUCAUCAAGCCAUAUGUAAUUUAAACAUCACUUUACCCAUUUACACAAAGGAAUCAGAUUCAGAUCCAGAACCAGAAGAGGUUGAUAUGACUUCAGAAAAAAAUGACGAGACAGAAUCUACAGAAACAUCUGUCCUGAAAAGCCAUCUGGUUAAUGAAGUCCCUGUACUAGCCAGUCCAGACCUGUUGUCUGAAGUUUCUGAGAUGAAACAAGAUCUGAUCAAAAUGACUGCCAUCCUGACAAGUGACCCUUCUGAUAAAUCAGGCUCCAUUAAGGUGAAAGAUCUUGAAAAGUCUGCUGAAGAAGAGCCAGGAGAACCUUUUGAAAUAGUUGAAAGAGUGAAAGAGGACUUAGAAAAAGUAAAUGAAAUUCUGAGAGGUGGAUCCUACACCAGAGAAGAGCAUAUUUUGCAGAAGUCCCUUUCCAGGCAAGAACCCUUAGAAGAAGAAUGGGUCAUUGUCAGCGAUGAAGAAAUUGAAGAGGCCAGGAGAAAUGCUCCGUCACAAGUCACAGAGCCGAGCCGCGUUGAAGUCAGGGUAGACAAAGGGACAACAAAAAAAGGGGAGAUAGACAUGACAGGAACGGCGGAUUACCUCGCAGAGGAUUUAAAAACACACGUUUCUCUUCGUGAGGGACAGCCACAGGCCUUACAAGAGGAGGUAGUAGAAGAGAAAAUCAAAGCUGUAGCAGUAAGCAGGGAUUCUGAAAAAAAAGGAAAAGAAUCUCCAAAAACUGGGAAACCAAGCUCGCAGGAGCAACAGAAGGCAGCCUCAGAAGUUAAAAAGCCCUUUAGGGCAAAACUACGAGAAAAGCCAAAGCCAAAGGAAGGCAAGGUGCACAGCAGCGGAGAGAAACUGAGACUGCCUAAGCUCACUGCAGACGAGGCACCGGCUGGGGAGCCUGGCCUAAAGGUGACAGGUACUGCAGAGCCUAAAGCUGUGUCCCCUGUUAUCGAGGAAACUCCCAUUGGCUCAAUAAAGGAUAAAGUGAAAGCUCUUCAGAAACGAGUGGAAGAUGAGCAAAAAGUACGCUCAAAACUGCCCGUCAGAGUUCAGGCAAAAGAAGGCCCUGCCGAAAAGGCGCCUAAAAAACCAGCGCCAGUCAAAAAGCCGGCAGCACACAAAGCCCAGCCGCCUGUCUCACCUUCUUCGAAGACAGAGAGACUCGAAGAGACCAUGUCUGUUCGGGAGCUUAUGAAAGCCUUCCAGUCAGGGCAAGACCCCUCCAAGAAUAUUUCCGGACUCUUUGAACACAAAUCUGUCAAGCAGAAGCAACAGGCCCCUGAGAAGGAAACUCCCCGCAAGAAAACAAUUCCUUUGCAGAGCGAAACGAAGCGAGUGUCAAACCUCAAGACAGACAAACCGAAGGACAAACCAAGCACGGUGUCAAAAGCAGAGAAAGAGCCACAAUCAAAGAAAGGAAAAACUCAAAUUUCCACCAUCGAAACUGCCAAAAAAGCUAGUGGCAAAGACCAAGUAAAAGAGCAGAGCAGCAAAAAGCCAACCCAACCUCUCCCUCCGGUAAUGGUUGCUGAAAGUGCCAAAGAAAUGGCGGCUGGGAAGGGCAGGACUUCUGAUGAUCAGGGGGAUCUUGACUUCCAGAUCAGCCCUGACAGGAAAACCUCAACAGACUUUUCUGAUGUCAUUAAAGAAGAACUGGAGGAUAACGACAAAUACCAACAGUUCCGGCAUCUCUCGGUGACAGAGGAGGGAGAGGUUAACUUGGAGCAAGUCCUGACCAGUCCUUUUGGGGCUGCUUUUCCCACGGAGUAUGGGAAAGACGGAUUCCUUCCUGCUCUUUCUCUGCAAAGCGCUGCUCUUGAUGGGAGUUCAGAGAGCCUUAAACACGAAGGCGUGGCUGACUCUCCAGGCAGCCUACUUGACGGAACCCCUCAGAUCAGCUCAGAGGAAAGUUACAAGCAUGAGGGUCUGGCAGAGACUCCUGAAACGAGCCCAGAAAGCCUUUCAUUCUCACCAAAGAAAACUGAUGGGCAAAUUGAAGACGCUAAAGGAGCGGCUCAAGUAGACACAACAGCAGAAACACGUUCUACAAAGGAACUCUCCUCAAAGGAAGAUGAAAAAGGUAUUACUGAGAGGCAGCUAGAUGCUGUUACUGAGACUAGUGAGUCUCAUUCUGACCAUUUAUCAGAAGAGCAUGUACCUCCAGCCUCUGAAGAAGAGGCUGAUAAACUUAAAGAAAGUAGCUCAGCUUCCAUUGUGAAAGAUGUUAGCAGGGAUAAAGAAUCCAGAACCACUGCACAUUUCACUAAGUCUUCUGAAACACAUGACACUGCUUUAGAGAAAGAAAAAGAUGUAGCCUGUGAACGCCGUCUUACAGUUAGAAGUCCCCAGAAACUGGAACUUGCACUUGCUAGCCAUGAUAGUGAAGGCUUUAGCCCAGUUGCAGAUGACUCUUUGACUAUAAGUCAUAAAGACUCCCUGGAAGCAAGCCCAGUGCUGGAAGAUAACUCAUCACACAAAACGCCCGACUCUUUGGAGCCCAGUCCUAUGAAAGAGUCCCCCUGCCGCGAUUCCCUUGAAAGCAGCCCCGUAGAACCAACAGUGAAGGCUUGUAUUUUGGGGCAGGGUCCUCUUCCAUCUGCUCAUAGCAAAGCAGAAGCCUGCCCAGAGCUGGCAUCGGUGCGUUCCAGGAUUCUCCGUGACCCUGAGGGAAGUGCCGAUGAUGACAGUCUGGAGCAAACAUCCCUCAUGGAGAGUUCGGGGAAAAGCCCCGUUUCCCCUGAAACUCCCAGUUCGGAAGAAAUUAGCUAUGAAAUCACACCUAAAAUGGCAGACAUACCCAAGUCAGCCACCAUCCCUGAAGUCAACGAAGAACCGGAGGACGAUUCGGAAAGUGAACCAAAGAAGAGAUUCACCCCUGAAGAAGAGAUGUUUAAAAUGGUGACCAAAAUCAAAAUGUUUGAUGAAUUGGAACAAGAAGCAAAACAGAAGAGAGAUCAUAAAAGGAGUUCUAAGCAUGAUGAAUCUUCUGUGGUUGCCAGUUCAGAAGCCUCACGGGAGGCUGAAGCAUCAGAGCAGACUGCUGUAGUGGAAAAAGGCAUACCCACAGUGGUGACACCUGCUGCUGAAUCUAGAAAAAGUUCUUCCUCUUCUGAAAGCGAGCCGGAAUUGACUCGGCUCAAAAAAGAAGCCGACUCCGGCCUCUUAAUGGAGCCUGUGAUCCGAGUGCAGCCACCCUCACCAUUACCAUCUAGUAUUGACUCCAGCUCUAGCCCUGAUGAAGCAGGUUUCCAACCCAUUGAUUCCCAGCCAUGCUCUGUCGGGAUAGGUGAGGUUAAAGCACCAGGCAAAGGUGACAAAGAGGAGCUGCUUGUCCUUGGGCGCAGCUGUAAGCCUUCCAUGGGCACUUGUCCUUCCGAUGGUUGUGUGCCAGCAGAAAGUGUGGAAUCCAAAUGCUGUGAUGGUACAGGCGACUGUGAGACGGUCAGUCCCGAUGCCCCGUUCACGCGAUCUGGGUGUACUCCCUGUCACUCUGUUGGUGGCAGCUGCCAAGAGGAGGUUCACGCUGAGUCUUCACUAACAAUGGGGCAGUGCGAUGCUACUGAAAACGGUGUCAAACCCGUGGCCCUGUUACCAGGCAGCGAUCUCAUUUCUACGCAAGCUGUGUCAGAAGAGGCGGAUGGUCUUUCUCAUGGACACGGUACCACCGAGUUCUCUGUCCCAUGCGAUGGCAAACUGGCCGAAGGUGACACCCCUGACCAUUCUGCUUUGGCAAGGGAUUCGGGAAAAACAGAUACAGGUUGUGAGACAUCUCGCAGGGCUGCUCAUGCUGAGGAGCCUUUACCAGAGUACUCGUCCCUAACCACUGACGCAGGGGAGCUCGACAGCUGUGCAGCAGGUGCCGCUGACAGUAGUGCUCCGUAUAUAGUGAGCCCUUACGAAAAUGUGUCUUCUGGGCAUUUCUUCAUUGACUCUGAAAGUGAGGUAGGAUCUGGUAGAAGUCUGCUUUCUAGGGAAACCUAUUCUAUUGUAGAAGGGAAAGAUCAGACUGGUGAAGCUCUACUUAGCGGAGACACGGGCAGUGAAUAUUGCUCUUCAGAGGAAGUGUACAUGGAAAUAGAGCCCAAACGAGAGGAUGGAUUUCAGACAAUAUCACAAGGGUCUCCGACCUCAGAAUCGACAAAGUUAUCUGAGUCUGCCCUUGAGGAUAUAAGAGAUGAAUCAGAGAAAUUGGUGGGUCAGGUUGUCAUCACCAGAACCGAUGUGGAUUCUGACAUGUGGAGUGAAAUACGUGAAGACGAUGAAGCUUUUGAAGCUCGGGUGAAGGAAGAGGAACAGAAGAUAUUUGGGUUGAUGGUCGACAGGCGAUCCCAAGGCACAACCCCUGACACAACACCGGCCAGGACACCCACCGAAGAGGGGACGCCGCUCAGUGAACAAAAUCCGUUUCUUUUUCAGGAGGGCAAGUUGUUUGAGAUGACUAGAAGUGGAGCCAUUGACAUGACCAAAAGGAACUACCCAGAUGAAAACUUUCACUUCUUCCAGGUGGGGCAGGAGCCUCAGGAAGAAGUUGCUUUAUGUGAAGAAGUGAAAGAAGCAGCAGAGGCGGAAUCUUCAAAGCUGAAGGGGUCAGUGGACCCAUUUGCACCGUCAGAGUCAGAGGAGUCAGAUAUACAAGAACAAGAUGCAUUGAGAUAUUCACCCACAUCACCUGAGUCUAGUGAGAGAUCUGAAGAAAUGAUGGGUGAAGGUGCCAGCACAGGCACUGCAAAAGCAGAUCUUAAAUCCAGAAUUCCAAUUAAAAUGGGUAUUUCAGCUUCUUCAAAAUCACCAAAGAAAGAAAUUGCUGCCUCUGAAGCUGAACCCCUCUCCGGAACGGAGACUGACACGGUUGAUAGCAGUCAGGUGCCUUGCCCCAUCUCUCCCGAGCAGUGUGCGGUAGAAGAUGAAUUAGAUUUUUCCAAAGUCACUCGAUUGGUUAGUUCUGAACAGGGUGAGGAGUCCCCAGACUCUUCCCCAGAGGAGCAGAGAUCUGUGAUUGAAAUCCCCACUGCUCUAAUGGAGAGUGUGCCUUCUUGUGAAAGCAAAUCCAAAAUCCCUGUAAGAACAGCUGCUGCCGCAUCGCAAUCCUCGCAACAAUCGGAAAACGAGAGCCUUUCCCCGGAUGACUUCCUGGACAGUUCACAGUGUGAAGGAAAAGAUGACCAAGCAAAACCAAAGUCUAAAAUUCCCGUGAAAUCCGCUUUCCAAAAAGCUGAACCACAGCACUCCUACGUGGACACGACGGUCCGCAAGCCAGAGUCCCCCAAAGUGCUCGAUGUGACGAGCGCAGUCCCUGCUAAGCCAGACAGCCGCAGUAAAUCGGAAUCUGACGCCAGUAGUCCCGUGGACCCAAAGACCAAACGUUCCAUCAAAGCUAGGAGUUAUGCUGAGGCAGAGGCAGAGGUCAGGGAGAGGGAGAGUGAGAUGAAGUUCGAGCUAGACUCAGAUGAGGCAACAGCAAGAUCGAAGGUAUUUUCUUCACGGUUGCCAGUUAAAAGCAGAAGCGCUACAGGCUCCCGCAGUGCUUUUAGUCCCACAAAAGAGAGUAAGGACAAUUUUUUUGAUCUUUACAAAAACUCCAUAGAGUUUUUUGAAGAAAUUAGUGAUGAAGCUUCUAAAUUAGUGGAAAGACUCACGCAGUCAGAGAGAGAACAAGAAUUAGUUUCAGAUGAUGAAAGCAGUAGUGCCCUAGAAGUUUCAGUUAUUGAAAAUGUGCCAUCCAGUGAGACUCAGCAGUCAGUUCCUGAAGACAUCUUUGACAUCAGACCCAUUUGGGAUGAGUCUGUAGAGACUCAGAUUGAACGUAUCCCUGACGAAAAUGCCCAUGACCGUGCUGAAGAUCAACAGGAUGAUCAGGAAAGGACAGAGGAAAGACUGGCCCACAUCGCGGAUCAUCUUGGAUUCAGCUGGACAGAGCUAGCAAGAGAACUGGACUUCACAGAGGAGCAAAUUCACCAAAUCCGAAUUGAAAAUCCCAAUUCUCUUCAAGACCAGAGCCACGCACUCCUCAAAUACUGGCUUGAAAGGGAUGGGAAACAUGCAACAGAUACCAAUCUGACCCAAUGUCUCACGAAAAUCAACCGCAUGGACAUCGUUCACCUGAUGGAGACCAGCGGCAUCGACCCCGUGCAGGGCCACGGCACGCGCGCCUACGCGGACACGGAGCAGUCCUUGGCAUUGGACCACAGUGAAGGGUUUUCAGCCCUGCAAGAGGAAGUGUACAGCUCGAGACACAAGCAGGAACGGCAGAGACUCUCUAAGGACGGCGAGCCAACCGAGCACCCCCCUCUGGUCUCCGAGGAAGACGUGUCUGUCAGUUAUUCCCCGUUCCAGGACAGUACUCCCAGGAGCGAGGCCGAAGUGUCCAUGGCUGAGCUUCUGAGGCAAGCACACAAGGAACAAGUAGAAGCUGAAUUCUCAGGGAAACCCCAAGACGUGCCAGGGAAACCAUCUGCUUCACAAAAGGAAUAUUUUGCCACGACUCCAGGAACAGAGCAGUCCAUGGGAGCUGGAAAAUCUGCGCACUCGAGCACGGCCAAGGGAGAGGCGCAGAGAGCCGCCCCGCAGCCUCCGUCCCCUGUGCAGAGAGGGGACUCCCCCAUCAUCCAAGAGCCUGAGGACCCCCAGCUCCACCAGGAAAGCCUCUCUCCAAGGAGAUCUAGUCUCGUGAUUGUGGAGUCCACUGAGGAGCAGAUGGAGAAGUCUGGAAGGGGCUUUGAAGAGGAAUCUUUAGAAAAGGAGUUAGCAGAGGAGUUAGGCAGGCUGGAGCUCAGCUCGGACGAGGACGAGAUGGUCACUACCAGAGUCAUUCGGCGCCGGGUGAUCAUUCAGGCUGAUAGUAUGCCUGAAAUGCCACCAGAAACAGUCACAGAAGAGCAGUACACAGAUGAACACGGCCACACGGUGGUAAAGAAGGUGACUCGCAAGAUCAUCCGGCGAUGCGUUGCUCCAGAUGGCAUGGAGAAAGAGGAAGUGCUAAUGCAGGGAGCGCCGCAAGCCCCCGUCACUGUGCAAGAGGGAGAUGGUUAUUCCAAAGUGGUGAAGCGAGUUGUGCUGAGGAGUGACAGUGAGCACUCAGAGGUGACCCUGUCUGAACCUGCCAUUCUCUCUAGUGCCUCCAAAUUCCAGUCCGAACCAGUGGAGGGCCGGAAAGUCAGCAAGGUCAUAAAGACCACUGUAGUGCAUGGAGAGAGGACGGAGAAACACCUGGGGGAUGCCAGCCUGGCUUCUGAUCUUCCAUCAGCCAAAGAGGACUUUGAAGAGGCUUUGAGCUAUACAGGUCACCACAUGACAGUGCAAGUCCCUGCUUUGGUAGAGAAAGAAAUCAAGAAAGACGAUGGAUCAGUAAUUAAAAGGACAAUACUAAGUAAAGCCAGCACACAGAAGAGGACUGUGAUGAAGGACCGCUAUGGAAAACAUGUUCACAUAGAAGAGCUGGAAGACACCCCAGAUGCGCUCCCCAGGGAUGACCUCCAGCAUGACCUCCAGCAGCUUCUCAGGCACUUCUGCCAAGAGGACUGGACACAGGAGGCCAAGUGAGAAGCUGCCGCCCCUGCACAGCGCCACGUGACCCCUCCCAUAUGCAGCCGUCACCGUCCCUGGGUAGCAGAGUCGUCACUGCCGCUCCUACCUGUGCAGCUGCAGUGAAUUCAUUUCUCCCCAUCCCAAGUUGCAUUUUGUGCUGUUAUGAUUUUUCACCCUGUGAGCUAAUUUGUGACCAAAGAUAGCAUCCUUCAGGCAGGAUGAUUUAUCCGCCAUGCUGGCACCUGUCAGCGCCGCCACUUGUCCCUGUCCCUUUGCUCUGGCGCUCGCUUACCGACACGGCCCUUGCCAAGCAGACUUCAUCGACAGGCCUCUUCCACUGACUGUGUACAGGCACCGUACAAAGGAGUUGACGUGUAAACUGUAAAUAGCAGAGUAUUUGAACUCACGAGACUGCAGAACAUUCACUGCCCACUCCCUGUGGGCAUCGUGGGUUGCGAGAUGCAGUGACCCUGCGAAAUGGCGACAGAUCACGGAACGGUACCACCCGGACCACGGACACUGACUGGCCCAGGAGGAAGUGCUGCAGAGCUACCGAGUCCUAAGAGUUACUGUGUAGAGAUCUGGUCUAGGCAAAGGCUGUGCGAGUCAGGCAAAACGAAGCUGUUCACAUGAAUGGCAGCUGACUGUGGCCAUUAAUUGUGCAGUCACCUUCACACAGCCACUGCAACGUUUCCAAAAGAAAAAGAAAGAAAACCUUCCCCAACUAGGUACCCAAGUUGCAAGCAGCUCUACCUGCGGCAUGUUCGCAUAUGGUGUUCAAGCCUAUAGAUCCGGACUUGUGGCAGGGUGUAUUAAACAAUCCUAACUCCGGUAGUUUCCCGUUUCCAUCACCGCUUAGCCGACCUCACCGACCGACUGGGGGUGCUUCCUGCUGGCCACUGCACUGUAGAUAACUACGGGACAAAGACUUACCCACUAUACAAGGAGAAUAAUUAAUUCACCGUGUUUUAUCGAGAUUGCCUCUUAGCCGAUACACGCAUGUGGCAUUUGAAGGUCAAAACCAAACCCUCCUAGAACCAUGUCAGCUUCUUGGCCCUCUUAGCACUGAGCGAGCAGUUUUUAUCUUCUGAUCUAAGUGUUUUUUAAAGAACAAGUGCUCACAAUCCUCAGCAGCCGGUUUCUGUUCAUAUUUUGUUAUGUAACUAUAUAUUAUAUAUAUAUAUUUCUAAAUCGACCCUCUGAAAACCACGUUAGCAUGUCUGCACUUUUAUUUUCCACACGGGGAACGUAGGGAUCUGAUGUUUUGGGUGUUCUAUACCUUAAUAUUUAAUGGAGGAAGCUCUGUAGGGUUUUAGCAUAACACGCAUACACACAAACAUACCAACCUAAUGCUUUUAAACAGCUAUCUCAUUUUUUUAAUAGUAGACUCAGCACCAGAGCAAAACCAACCCUCUCUUCUAGGAGCAAUCCUUUGUCCAAGCUUAUCUGGCCUUCUACAAUUAUAGGGUUCUUUGGUUUUGUUUUUUUUUUUUUUAAUGACUCACUCAGUGCUCAGAACAAGGGCACUUCCUCAUUAAGGUAAUAAUGCCAAAAGCAUGGAAACACCUCUGGAGUUCUGGCUUCCUGUGGGCAGAACCAUGAGGUGCCUUGCUGACACUUUUUGGGCAGGCAAGAAAAGGAGCUUAAGGAAAAAAGUGUUUUGGCAGCCAAAUCGAAUGAGACCCCAGAUGAAACAUCUCACAGUGCAUCAUGGCUUCCUGACUGUCAGAGACAGCGCAGGAGGGUCUUCAAGGAUGGGGCUCUCAAGAAAUGCAUUUCUGUUGUGUUAUUUGCGGUGCAGAUGAUGUUCUGUGUAACAGCAUAAUGGUUAUUCACCUCUUAUUUUGAUUUUUUGCUGUGUUAUCAGAGAACUUGAAUACUGUGAGAAGAAGUGAAUUUUAAGUUGACGAAUCAGCAUCUUGUUCCCAUGGUGAUAACACUAAUUGAAUAUAUCUAUGAGGGCAUGUAUUAGUUAAAAUUAAAAAGAUACAACACUAACAAUACAUAGCUGCAAUGUGUACAAUGGCUGAUUUAACUAAAUAAAAAUGUACAAGUGUUAAAUGUA